AUGUUAGUAUGCUGGCAGAAGUGGGAGAUAUCGAUGCUGAUUGCACCGGAAUAUCGUCGACACUCCUUUGUAAGACAAGACUACAAAGACCACAGUGAUAGCUACCAGGAAGAGAUGCUGUACAAGAAAACGGAUGAAAGCAAAUGGAUCGAACUUGUAGUCCUUCAACCUGUCACUGUUGUAGAGAUACCAAACGGGGCACUACUUCAAUUAGGGCCGAUAGAAGUGACGGCACGAGUUGCAACAGGGAACAUGACUUUAGAACUGAAUAUUAAACUACCGUCAUCAAACUCUUCGUUAGAGCCAUAUGUUGAAAGCUAUGACGGCUACAUCUCCAGGCCUCAUGGCUACAAGGAAUACUAUGCAUGGAAUUUUUGCAUUGAUCGAUUUUUUGGCUGUUUGAUGUUCGGACUAUUGUCUUUGAUUAUAUUCAAUGAACAACGUCAGUUGAGAUCGCUUAGGCGAUGGACACGAAGCGUCGAAUCGCUCAGAAAAGUUCGAAGGGAGCCUAUCGAAAUUGUUCCCAUUUAA